AUGUAUAUAUUUAAACUUUCGUAUUUACUAGAGGAAAGAGAGAGUUUCUGCUGCAGCCGACCCAUAUCGGCAGCGCAUUUUUUAGUUGCGAUGAACACAGCAUUGUUUGAUACAGAUGUCUCCAAGAUACCGGCAAACAAAAAGAACCUAGCUAUUGCGUACAUAAUCGUCAUGGGCGACGCACAGAGUGGCAAAACCUCUUUAAUUUUCAGGUGGUUAAAUGGCACCUACAAUAGAAUUGCGCCUGGCGCGUACAUGGAAGACAUAUACAGCAAGAGCUACAAGCAAGAGUUUAUGGCGGAGAAUCCGUAUGGCAAAAAUGGCAAAAAUGGCAAUAAUGGCAACACAAGGUUCGGCACUGAGCUGAAAAGGCACGCCGUCACACAUGUGAGCUUUCUAGACAUGGAAUCGGUCGAGAAGACAUACAACUCGGAAAUGAGGAAUAUCCAGCUAAAAGAGUCCGAUGCGUUUGUGAUAGCGUUUGAUCCAACGUGUGAAAACCCAAUCGAGUCGAUUCGGACACAAUAUAAACUGAUAGAGGACGCGACCGAUUUACAGGACAAGCCGCCAAUUGUUGUGAUAUGUUCAACAAAGUGCGAUCUGGAGGCCGAUUACAGGGUGGGUCUGGAUCAAAUCCUGGAGUUCAUGGACAGGGCGGGCCUCCCGACGUCUAAUUUUUUCCAAGUGAGCGCGAAAUCCGGCGAACAUACGACUAGAUUGUUGUACUACGUGUUGCAACAGAUAAAGAAGCGGAAAAUAGCAGCCAACGAGGAGGCCAAGACGUAUUCAGACACAGCAGACACAGCAGACACAGCAACCGCUGUAGCGAUAACUCGUGAACUCGAAACCGAUGCUGUGAAGAGAGACACAGAACUGACACAAGAGAUGCACACUGUGCCAAACAAAGAACCGGCAUUUCUGUGCGGCACAAAAAAGAUUAAGACGAAGCUUAAAAGAGCUAAACGAUGCGUAAUAUGCUGA